AUGCCUCUUCCUAUGGACGAACACGUCUUGGAGACUAGCCAAGGAUUGGUUGAUACACUCCACGGUAUCUUUGGCCCUCACCCGGGCUACCGACCAGCGCAUGCAAAGGGCAUCCUACUCCAAGGGGAUUUCACCCCAAGUGCAGAGGCAAAAAAGCUAUCUAUAGCACCACACUUCAAUCAACCGUCCACCCCUAUCAUCGCUCGGUUCUCGAACUCCACUGGCUUGCCGAAUAUCCCAGACAACUCGUCCAAUGCUGGACCCCGUGGCUUCGCGCUGCGGUUCCAGCUCGCCACCCACCCUCGACGCGUCCACACGGACAUCAUCGCACACAGCGUGGAUGCCUUCCCGGGAUCCAACGGCGACGAGGCCCUCGCUUUCUUCAAGGCGCUGAAAGACGGUACAGUCGAGUCGUUCCUCGGCACGCACCCGAAGGCACUGGCCUUCGUACAGGCGCCCAAGCCGGCCCCGGAGAGCUUUGCCAACGAGCAGUUCUUUGGGGUUAACGCAUUCAGGCUGAUCGACUCGGGCGGGAAUGAGACAUAUGUACGGUACAGAAUCGUGCCAGCUGCCGGGCUGAAGACAUUGGGUGAAGAGGAGCUCAAGGAGAGGGGCGAGAACUAUUUGUUCGAAGAGUUACCGAAUCUGGUUGAGGCUGGGCCUGUGGCGUUCAAGUUGAGAGCGCAGGUCGCUGAGAAUGGCGACGUUACAGAUGAUGCCUGUGUGCACUGGCCUGAGGAGAGGAAAGUGGUGGAUCUGGGGACAAUUUCUCUCAAAGCACUGGUGGAAGAUGAUGCUGCAGAACAGAAGCAUGUCAUCUUUGACCCUGUUCCGAGAGAUGUCCACGGGCUUGAACCAUCCGCGGACCCCUUGUUGGCAGUCAGAGCAGGGGUCUACCUCAUCAGUGGCCGGGAGCGUCGUGCUGCAUGA